AGGGCCGGCCUGAGGCGUCCGGUCGGCGCGGUGCAUUGUGGGGCGGCGGCGGGCUGAGGGGCGCCUGGCCGGAGGCAUCCGGGUGGCGUGGUGCAUUGUGGGGCGGCGGCGAAUGAGGCGGGGGGCGUCGCGGCCAUGGCUUCCUGCGCCGCCCUGUCGUCCAGCCUGGUGGAGUACUUCGAGGGCGAGGACUUCUACCGCUGCGGUUACUGCAAGAACGAGUCGGGAAGCCGCUCCAAUGGCAUGUGGGCGCAUUCCAUGACAGUGCAGGACUACCAGGACCUGAUCGACCGAGGAUGGCGGAGAAGUGGGAGAUAUGUGUACAAGCCUGUGAUGAAUCAAACGUGUUGUCCUCAAUACACUAUAAGGUGCCGAGCUUUACAGUUUCAGCCAUCAAAAUCUCACAAGAAGGUUUUGAAAAAAAUGUUGAAAUUUCUGGCUAAAGGGGAAAUUUCCAAAGGAAGUUGUGAGGAUGAGCCUAUGGAGCCCAGCAUGGAGGAUGCUGUCGCCGGGGACAUGGCGCUAAUCAAUAGAUUGGAUCUACAGUGUGACCUUAAAAAUCUCGGCGAUAACCUCAAAGAGAGCUUAGAGCGGGAAGUGAAGAAGAAAGGAAAAAGCACAAAGAAAGAGGAAUCUAAGGAAUUUAUUCAGUCACAGGACAGAAACGAGGAGCUGGGCUCUGGGGAGCCGUCCCACGCGGUGGAAGUGCACGCCGUUCCUAAGCCAGGCAAAGGGGCAGAUUUGAGCAAGCCUCCAUGUCGGAAAGCAAAGGAAAUCCGGAAGGAGAGGAAGAGGUUAAAGCUCAUGCAGCAGAGCCCGGCUGGGGGGCCUGAGGGCUUCCAGGCUCCACGGGAACCAAAGACCAAACCCAACCAGCCCAAGUCGCUGGAAGAGUUAAUUUUUGAAUCUUUACCAGAGGAUUCGUCACAUAAGUUAGAGGUGAGGGUGGUGAGAUCAUCUCCACCAAGUUCUCAGUUCAAAGCCACAAUGCUGGAGUCGUACCAGGUCUAUAAACGAUACCAGAUGGUUAUUCACAACCACUCACCUGAUGAACCAACUGUCAGCCAGGUGAGGUUAGUACCUGUCUCCUUUGAGGACCCAGAGUUCAAGUCGUCCCUCAGCCAGUCGUUUUCUUUGUAUGUCAAGUAUCAAAUGGCCAUACACCAGGAUCCGCCCGAGGAGUGUGGGAAGACCGAGUUCACAGGAUUCCUUUGCACCUCACCGUUGGAGCCAGAGAAUCCCCCGAAUGGACCCGACUGUGGCUAUGGCUCCUUUCACCAGCAGUACUGGCUGGACGGGAAGAUCAUCGCGGUGGGGGUGAUUGACAUCCUUCCCUCCUGUGUGUCGUCUGUGUAUUUGUACUAUGAUCCUGAUUAUUCGUUUCUGUCCUUGGGUGUCUACUCGGCACUACGAGAAAUUGCUUUCACUAGGCAACUUCAUGAAAAAGCAUCUCAGCUCAGCUAUUACUAUAUGGGUUUCUACAUUCACUCAUGUCCCAAGAUGAAGUAUAAGGGUCAUUACAGACCUUCCGACUUGCUGUGUCCUGAGACCUACGUGUGGGUGCCCAUCGAGCAGUGCCUGCCUUCCCUGGAGAACUCCAAGUACUGCCGUUUCAACCAGGACCCCGAAGCAGCGGAUGAAGGCCGCAGCAGGGACCCCGACCGGCUGCAGGUGCUGUACAAGAAGGCCAUCCUGCCGUACGGCGUGUUCAAGCAGCAGCAGCGGGAGCCGGGCGAGGAGGCCGCCGUGCUGCAGUACGCCAGCCUCGUGGGCCAGGCCUGCUCCGAGCGGAUGCUGCUCUUCCGGAACUGAGCCGACGCCGCUGCAGGCAUCCCGGUUCCCGCACAUCUUCCUUAUUUUGACUCUCACGUGGCUUUUGUAAACUAUUUUGUGGCAAUGUAUUUGUGAAAACCUCAUGGUUAAUGUAAAGACUUAAAAAAUAUGUUAUGACCUCGCUCCAUAAUUGGGAUUUAUAAUUUCGAAAGUUUGUUUUAUGAACAAGACAUGGUAACUUCUCUUACUGUCCAUAUUUUAGAAAGUAAAGUCAAUCCGUGAAUCAUAGUCAUUUUAAUCACAGCUGUGCUUUUUUGUUCUGUCAGAAUUUAAAGCAGACUGUGUCCUCAGAGCCAUUUAAAACGUUAGUUUAUGUUAAAGGACAAACCCUUCGUGUGGGGAGAAGGUGGGGGUGGGUGCUCCAUCGCUUAGAAACGUCUUCCCAGGAGGAGGGACUGCUGUUGGUUUCCAGCGUUGAGUCACUGCGAGCGUCCUGUGGGGUCAGGAGGGAGCGGGGGCGGCGGGGACGAGAUUGAACAGGUGUCUGGACGCUGGGCCUGUUUACCCCGUGGUCCUCGUCGCCGGCCUGGCGUGAUUUCUCCUGGAAGUGGUUGCGAGUGCUCCCUUGCGCUCCCAGUGUCCCGGUUCGGACAGUCAGUGUGUGUUUACCCUCGGUACAUCAUCGGCUCUGUUUGUAAAAGUUUGAGAAAUGCAGUUUCUAAAGAAAAAUGUGGCUCCUGCCUUCACUGGCUGUUCAUUCCUCAGGACGAGGACACUCGUCUGUGGCUCCUGAUUGAGAAUUGGUUCCUGUCCGACCGCUUUCAUCGCUGUGGCACAGCCCGUUUCCUUAGGAGGAACCUUUGACCUCUGCUCCAGGGCGGGCGACACUCCAUGGCUCGCGCUUGGAUUGGGUGUCAGCGGGGAUGCUACGCUGGUCAUUGAAGUGAAGGCUCCCCUGCCCCUCCCACUUGCUUUUGUUUGAGCAGAUGCCCCUGUGGCCACGGUCAGGGUGGCUGCUGAGGACGGAGGGCAGCGAGCUGUGGGGGCGCCAGGACGGGUGGUUUUCUCGCGCGCUCUCCGCCGACCCCUCGGUCCCGGCAGCCCCAUUCUGCCUUUGGUCUGUGUUGUGUUGCGUGAGCCUUUUGAAAACUGUGCUGUAAAGCGCAGUCGGCUGACUCUCACUGCUGCCUUUACAUGUUUCUUCUACACGCACUGAAUUUAGAUAAAACAUUAUACAAUAAUUUCAGCCAGCUAGAGCAAAAGGGAGGCUCGUAAGACAAUGUUUUAAAAGUCAAAUGUCUAAAAAUUGAACACCCAGGCAAACUGCAUAUUCACUCCAAGUACGGCACCACCUGCCAUGUGCGGCUACUGGGCCACCUGGGGAUAGUGGAGAGCGAGCCGUGUCCUCUGAGAGCAGGGAUUUCACAUUCUUCUGGAAUUCUUCAAAGCAGUCUCCAAGGGCAUUCGAUGGGCUCGCUCUUAUAGCUGCCUUCAGAAUCUAUAGAAAAUUAUUUUUCUCUUGCCCUCUGAAGUGAAAGUAGCUUAAUUUUUCUUAAGAUUAUGAAAGUGAUACUGUGAGCAAUUAAAACAUUAAGGAAAACAUAAUUAAGAGAGUAAAAAUAACCUGAAAUCCUGCCAUACAGAGAAAGAUUUGUCCUGUACACACACAUACACAACUUGGACAUAAAUAGGAUCCUGUCUGCAUGCUGUGUUCUCCCAAGUUCCGGGCCUCUGGAGCUAGAAUUUGCGGUGGAUUCGGAAGUGGUGUGAGUGCUCCGGUGAGAUGGGCAGGGACGUCCUUGGUGCCCUGGGCACUCGGAUGCCAGGUCUGGUCGUCGGCCGCCUCCAUCCGAGUAGUUGGCGAGUAAAAUGGUGUUCGCAAAGAUGGCACGAGUGUCCGUGAGGAGAAAGCCUGAAUCAGCACAAGCUGCGGUUCCCGCAGGGUUCCCAGGAGGCUCCUUCAGGGGGGCCGCUGGGCCGCCUGCGGGACCCGGGCUGACCCUGCGGGGGCGCUGUGGCUCCAGGGAGGCCCCUGAGGGUCCGGCAUGAAGAUUUGCUCCGUUGCUCAGGUCAUGUGUUGGGUUUUUUGUUUGUUUGCUUGUUUUUGAAAAUAGAUAGCAGUUUCCUGAUGCUCGUGACCAGUUUCUUGAGAAGCAGCAAUGUGUUUAGCGCCUGGCUGCGUGCUGGCGGUGGCGGGGAGGGCGAGGGCGGUCGAGGCCAGUGGCCGCCUUGUCAGUUGACGCACAGUCCGGCUGGGAACUGAUCUCACGCCCUGGCUUCCCCUAACGACAGAACCUCUCAAAGCUGGUGGCUCUGGUCACACCCACCGUCCUGUCUUGGGCAGAAGGUUCUGGAGGUUCCCCGUACGACCAUCGUCCUUUAAAUUAGUUCUGUUCUGUGGACACUUUUGUUCGCUUAUCUUUACAAAGUAUAAUCUGAGCACUUUUUACGUUCUAAAAUACAGAGGCUAUUAGAUAAAUAUUUUAUCAUUUGAUUAAAAUUAGAUAAGAAAUUACUGUUCAUUUUUCCUUUGCAACAAGCUUAUCCUAUUUUUUAAUCUAUUUUGCAAAAUAUCGGUUGUGUAUGGUUGCUUGACAUAGUGGAAUCUAUUAUGUAAAUGAACCUUUUCAGGUUUUGAAGGAUGUAUGGUUUGAUUUCAUAGGCUUUCUAUUAUUUCAGUGUGAAUAAAGGUGAAAAAGAAUAUGAUGACCAGUUACCUAAAAUGUGUCUGUCUUUUGCUAACUUGAAAGAAAAGAAAGGGAAAUACAACGGAUGUAAUUGGGAAGUGGUUACAUUAGAAGUUGUUCAAACAGGUACUUUUGUUCCAAAGAGACCCAGUACAAGGCAGGCAGGCAGGCAGGCAGGCAGGCGUGCCCGCGCGCUGUAUUUUUGCUCUCGUCUGUUCCUCCGGCGCGGCCCAUUGGCUAACGCUCGAGUGGAGGAAGUAAAGCUGCUUCUGUCCGCAGAGGCUCUUGCUGGUCGAUUCACAAAAGACACGUGUUCCCGUCUGCUAACUCCUGGGGUCACGUCACCUGCGUGACCGUGUGGAGAGCAGAGCGAAGCAUCGGCUGCUGAGUCGUGACGCUCGAUUUUCAGUCGUCGGCUCCCGGUCACUAGUCACUUCAGCCGAAGGAACCGGGGUUCCCACAGGGCUCAUUGGGGACAGACAUCCUGUUACCCAAGGGACUUGAAGUAAAAGGUUUGUUACAAACUCGAGUGUAAUUUCUCUUUAAAAAUGCGGUUUACAGAGAAGUUUUCCUAAAUAGCGAUAAAGCAGUCUGCUUCGAUCUGUACCAGUGCACGUGUAUCUGUGGAACACACUGACAGGUGUUUGUCUUUCCUGGUGAGCUGAUGGUAAAACGAAUCCAAUUUUCCACGUUAUUCAAGUAUCGGUUACAAUGCCCACGGGCGUUUUCCCAGAAUAGAAAUGGCUUUAGGGCUGUCCUCUGCAGUGACAGACAGUGCGCCCAAGACCUCGGAGUCGCUGGCAGUCCCGGCCUAAGCACUGGCCCUUCACAGGGGCGCCACCCUUUCAGGCGCUCUGCCUGCACGUGUGUAGCCUGUGGCUGUAAAUAAAAAUGGAAUCUUGCCAUGUA